UUAAGCAUUUCAGUGUAAAAACCAAGACGUGUAUAUAACAUGCAAGAAAAUACGAUAAAACAAGAAAGAGAAUGAUCAUAAAAUUCUAUUGUGUAGAAAUACUGAACACGAACAAUGUGGCACCGUUGCAGAAAAGCGUUGUUGUAUACAGUAUGCUUCUAUUAUAAACAUGUGCGGUUGGUAGUAGCAGUAUGUUUCCAUUGGCGGAAGCGCAUUGUAGCAGUCAAGAGACAGGAGCCAAUUGCUGCUUUCACAGUGUCACCUGAUUCAGCCUCUGACGAUGAUGACACGACAUCAAAAAGAUCACGACUGACUGAUUGUUUCAUUGUUGUCAGCUCUGACAAUAAUUGGUGCUGCAUCUCUGGAAGCAGAAGCGUCUAUACUACAAUGGGGACAGCAAAAGAUUCGCUCCCAAAAGCAUCGUGCUGCAGGAAGAAAAUACGUUCACCCGCCACAGCACAACACAGCUUCCUGUCUGAACUGCUGCAUCAAAACCCUAUGAACCACAGACAGCACCUGGUGGCGUCUCUUAACUCUCACGACCACGACAUGCGUACGUGUACGUCCACACAAGUCGAACACAUGCAAUUUUAUUCUGCAGUUGCUAUUCUGGAUUUUAAAAUGCACAAUGUUUUAUAUACACAACAUAUCAUCAAAGUUGUCUGUCCACGUACUGCACAAAAGGCACAAACACUCAUUCCCCUUGCACAUUUAAGCACAGAUCACCCUUCACAAGUACCAGACACCCACAUGUUUAGCACCCCCUUGUGGAUGCCAGUAGAGCCACAGUCGAGGUGA